CGUCUUCCACGUCAUUUGACAGCGACCGAGAUAUCAGAGAAAGCAAGAGAACAUGGCGUCAGGAUCAACCGAGUCGUCUGCUGGGCAAGAUGCAGAAUUGGACGAGUUAUUGGAUAGCGCUUUAGAUGACUUUGACAAGACAUCGGUCCCUUCGUCUGCUCCGCCAGCCGCAGACGCGUCCUCCUCACCCGACCAUGGUGCAGAGAAGCCCCCACUGCUGGAGGAUAGCAAGUUCUUUGAGAGUCUCUUUGAGGGUGACAUGGCCGACCAAGCGAAGGAUGAGUGGGAGAAGGCCAUGAGUGAACUGGCCCAGGAGGAGCCCGAGCUGCUCCAACACUUCCACAAACUAUCCGAGGCAGCAGGGAAAGUUGGUACGGACGUCGCCUCUCAACAAGAAUUCACCUCUUGCCUCAAGAACACCCUAAGCGGCUUGGCCAAAAAUGCUAACAAUCUGCAGAGUAGCGGAUUGGCUGGUGAAGAUCUGGUGAAGACUCUAGAAGGCCUGGGAUUAGAUGAGAGUGGGGAGGGAGGCGGCGGCGGUGGUGGUGGUGGCGGUGCGGAUGAUGGGAACAUCCUACCCAUCAUGCAGUCCAUCAUGCAGAAUCUGCUUUCCAAGGAGGUGCUCUAUCCGUCUCUUAAAGAAAUCACCGGCAAGUACCCUGACUGGCUGGAGUCCAAUAAGCCGAGCUUGAGCCCGGAGGACUACCGGCGGUACGAGCAGCAGGCCCAGAUCAUGGGGGACAUCUGCAGCGAGUUUGAGAAGGAGGGGGCAGAGUGCACGGAUUCGGACGGCAAGUUCGAGAGCAUCCUGGACCUGAUGCAACGGCUGCAAGACUUGGGUCAGCCUCCUAAAGAAUUGGCAGGAGAUGCACCGGCGGGCUUGAACUUUGACAUGGAGUCCCUGAACCUCCCAGGAGUACCUGGGGCGGGUGCGGCGGAGAAUUGCUCCAUCAUGUGAGAUGGAGGGACGCGGUGGCGGCCAUGACAGCGGUGAUCCGAAGCACUGCGGCACCGGCGAGGGGGGGGGGGGGGGGGGGGGGGUGUUUCCAGGGCAGGUCUAUCAUUCAGAGAGAUAAGAAAGGGGGUCAGAAAUCGAGGAAGACGGGACUUUUUGACUCCUCUCCUGUCUCCAACGAGAGACUCCUCGUAAGGCAGAACACACACGCGCAAACAAAUACACACCGAGCGUGUGGCAAAGCGGCGUGGCGGAUGUUUUUACAUUCUUAACGCAGCAUUUUAACGGUUGAUGGCUGUUUUUCACGGUUAAAGUUCUAGAAGCAUUUCCGUGCACCUAAUUAUCUUACUCUUCGUUGUGCGUAGACCUCCCAAUACUGUUUAGCCUCAUGGUAAGUCCAACCUCCCCACUGGUGUAAACGGUGCCUUUCUUUUGUACAAUAAUUCAGAAUCAAAUUACUUUGGAUCAUUUUGUGAUCUAUGUUUUGAUUCUAACAUGUGUAAGUCAAGCACUUUUUAAAUUAUAUUGAAUUUCGUUAAUAUGUGAAAAAGGCAGUCAGACAUUGGGUUUACAUUCAGUUUGAUCAUUGUAUUUAUUGUAAUUUCAUUACACAAUAAAUCCACCUACGUUGCUGUACAUGGGAGAACCACAACAUGUACAGCACCCAUGGUUAUUCACUUAAUGGUUUGUGUAAAUAGAUCUGUAAAAAAAUAAAAAUAAUGGUGGUGUGAAUAUAAUGAAUAAAUAAAGAAAUUCAAACAAGGUGGAAAUGUGCAUUAUAAUGUUGAAGAACCUUGUUAAUAUUACAAUUAGUUCCCUAAUAGUUUUGGAUUGGCCAUUCCUUGUGGUUUCUCUGUACAAACAGAUGAAGUUCUUGAGAACCGUUGCGAUGGUUUCUGUAUAAGAAGAAUAAGAAUACUGGACGUGCGCUGGCUCUUAGCUAGGCAUCCUGGACAGGUGUGAUGGCGGUCGGGUUUAUGUCCUGCAAAGGGUAUGCAUUCUACCUGUGUGGAAUGUUAUGUUUUAUUUGUCGCCCUAGAUUUUCAUUACUAACUACUCUGCACCUAGUGUAUACUAAAACGUAUCAAUUAUUGAAACGGUACUAAUCAGACUAAUGGGUUAAAAAUGACAUAUAGGUAACAUGGGAAGAUUUCAGAUUGGUGGAGAAUUGUCAUAGAUUCAAGUCAGUUGUGCAGUGAAAAAGAAUGGCAUUUUUAGAUUUGCAUCAUGUCGGUUGAGAUCUGUUGAUGUGUCCUGUGUUUACUAAUGAUGUUGACACUGUUUAUUCUAUUGGGGGGAGGGGGAGUUGUAUUCUCAGGGCUAAUGUUAACAUGCCCAUGGCAUUAUUUGAAAAAAAAAAAAAAGACUUAUUACACAGUAAUAUUUUUUGUUGUAGGCCUACUUGUAAAUAUCGAUAUGAAAUAAACUAAUGAUGAACUGCUACAGCUUCCAUGUAUACUUCCAACUAUUGUUCAAGUAGUAACCAUGGAAGUUAAUCUGUGCCAUCCGAUUUUGAAAAUAAAAAGCCAUUGAAUUCUAA